CCGCAAACGCAAUCGCAUUGACAGAGAGGCAAUGCCAACCCCGACGCACAUCCGUGCGUUCGAGCUGAGGCUUGGGGCCAACUGGAGCAGCGAAGAUGUGGUACACAUGCUCACGCCGGACUUCGUGGAAUCAGUGUUACUCCACGGUUUCGCCGCACUCGAUCCUACCAUAAAGAUGAAAGCCCUCAUUGCCUUCCUGGGGGUCAGAGUGGAGCAUCUUGCGUCCCUUAAGCAUGUUCUACCGUCGCUUUUGGGGAUGGCGGAUAGCGAUAAAGACGAGUGGGUCCAGGUAGUGUCCGGGCUUGUACGUCAAAAACUCUUACCGAGGAACGAGGAUGAUUCGACCAGCGUCGGCGAUGAGGCAAAGACUUCACAGAGUGAUUUUGUCUUGCGCAAGACCGUCAGGGAAGUCCUCGAGCGGGCAAAGCAGAAUAUGUCGGAGCGGGCAGGCAACGGGGAACAGCGGGUUUUGGGUGGCAGUACCAUCGACGGCAACAGCGAUACUCGGCGCAUGUGGGAGGCACCUUACUUCGGCCCGUUGGAGGAGAGGUACGUCAGCCGUAAGCAGCAGCCUCGAAAGGAGGAGUUCGCCAAUGCGCACUUCAGCGUCAAGUACGAUUUUGUCAGCGAAUUCUCCGAAGACCUCGCUUCCAACGUUGGUGGCACCUCGAACACAUCUUCUUCUCCGACGGGAGGGGGUGCGUCUGUCGCUGCGGCGGCGCUCGCGUCAAGAGUUGGCCAGGGGGGGUUGUUAAAGACCCCGGGCUCUUUCGCUCCCGCGCCCACUCCGGCGGCACCGAACCUUGCGCAAGCUCGAAGGGUUUCGCUUGCUGCUGUGGUGGAUCCAUCCGCGGGGUCCGACGGCCUCCGCAGGACUAGCAAGCCGUUGGCAUUGUCGCGGAACUACGUGGGGCUCCAGCAUGGUUCCGGGCGGACAAGUUCAGGUGUUGGGGGCGCCCGCGGAACGCGGGGAGGGGGCGGGGCGGGGCCCGGCAAAGCAGGGUUGAUGAUGAUCAAUGUGGACGAACUGCAGGCAAUUCACGCUGAGAAACAGUCUGCAAGGGAGAAGGCAAAAGGCAAACCGGGUAGGAAGAAGGCCAAACUUGAAGGGGGGGGGGAACAAAGUACGGCCGGCAUGGAGCCUGGUACCGGGGCGUCAGCAACUGGAACCCAACAGGUUGUUGCUAACGCCACGGACAUUGGCAACACGGAUGGGCAGUUACCGGAGGGAGCAAGCGGCGAGGGGAAAAAAGCAAAGCCGAAGGCACCAGCCAAGCCUUCGGCAACGGUAGAUGGUCCGAUGCCCGUACCGCAGCAGGGCGAGAUCGAGGCAGUCGCAGCCAUGAUGGUUCUUGGUGUCGCUGGGGGGGGUGAGGAUGCGGAGACCUCUUACCUGCCCGAAGCAUUGACGAAGCUCUUGGAAAACGCCAAUUCGCUGCGACCGGAGGGUAAGGCCAAGCUGGAGAGUUUUUUCCAAAAGAAAAUGCCAGAAGGGUCGCAGCAGGAGAGGGUCAAGUACCACGAGGAGGUUAGCCCUGGGGCGGACGGGGAAAUGAUGCGAGUGACAAGCUACAUUCGCCUGGAUUAUGAGACCUGGGUGUGGGACAGGGUUCACAAGAAGAAGCGUGUCAAAUCGUGACGUAGUGAGUAGAGUGGGGAGUUGCCCGGAUGGGCCCCAUGUACAUGUAACGGUGAACCUGUUCGUAGAGUCGGUCUCCAUUUCGACUUGGCAUGAUUUAUGUGGUGGUUGCGGAUAUCUGAUUGCGGCGCCAGGAGAACGAGGUCGGCAAAACACACUCAACCACCAAUUAGGUGUGUCCUUUAAGCUGUCGGCCAUCCAUGUGAUAUACCUUUGAAGUAUUUUUUGUUGUGAUAUGCAACUGGGCUGCUCCACACGGGUUUUCGUCACAACUGCUGUACAUUAUCCCUCAGUUCCAACGAAUGGGCAUUUGCUGCCAUGUCCUCUUCAAUGCCGUGAGUUAUGCAGCGCGUCGAGCGUGAAGGGAGGUCCUGUGUCUACUUUAUGGAGAUUGAGGCAUGCCCACAACAUA